AUGGCAAAGCCCAAUCCCCUUGCCACUUGCACCUUUGCGCCACCUACAGCAUGGUCCCAGCAGCCACCACCUGCUGGGAUUGUCCUGGGCGCCCUGUGGAACCCCUGGGUAUCCUUCACAGUGUACCUCCCCGCCCUCCAACUUGCCACCUAUAGGGGGAAAGCUGCAGGACUGCUCCAGGACUUCAGGUCCGUCCUCAUGAAGAAUGCUGAUGUGCCGUCAAUCGAGUAUGUCCGUGCAUCGUAUAAUGCCGACGACGUGGCAACAGAAACUGCAAGCAGCAGCAGCGGUGUCACCACAAUGCGCCAUCUAAACCGCCGCCGUGGAAGGUCCCUAAUGCAAUCCUCUGCCUUAACCUCAUUCCCCGUUCCAAUUACCAUUUAUGUCCUGGUUUGGUUCCCCACGAACUGGAUGUUUCUGCUCGGUUCAACCCCUGGUCAGACAUCCCUGGACUGGCUGGUGUUUCGGCUCCUGCAGUUGCCCUCCCUGGUGUUACAGCACCAAGACUAUCCGCAACUGAACAUCUCGGGUGUGCAGGUGACAGAUGUAUGUUGCUCCGUGGCGACGCCUAGUCUUCGUUUGCACCCUAAUGGUGGCGGAGGGACACAAGUGGAAUCCAGUAUCGCUAAUCUCGGAAACGACGUGCUUGGGUGGGAAGGGCUGGCAGCACAGGCUCCGGAGCUAUUGCUGCUGCAGAACAUGAGUGUCAGUGCAGGCGUUGGAAUCACCAUUAACAUAGCGGCGGUGGCGGCCGCGAACACCGACCCCCCAUCCAUAUCACUACAGGGUGCCGCUUAUUUGGAGACCCCUUUCUCCCCCAAGGAGACCUUUAUCGAGCCGCCUGCCGCAGUGUACGACAUUGUUGAUGCGAACAGUCUCCCCAUACAUAGGUCAUACAUGAUUUGCCGCCUCCCGCCUGGCGGGGCAGCGGCGCUGGUGGUUGAUACGACCGCCGGCGUUGUUGACCUCAUCCACAGUGGUGUUGAUUGUAGCGGAGGCGCUGCGGCUCUGUACAUUGACAUGACUCGGCCCAAUCAGCCGGGAGAGGUGUACAUCAUCAAGUACAGUGCCUGGAACAGCCGAGGCAUCCCUGCAAGACCAAGAUUUCGCCUUGUUGUCAUUACGGACGCUUGCGGGAAGAAAGGAGAGUAUUUCUGCUUUGAGCUGGGUCGGUGCUCCGUCGGCGGGAUGUAA